UCGGUCGCUUCUCUCCCUCGCUCACCUAUCCUCUUAGCAGUGUUGGUGCUGGCAUACAAAAACAGAGGGAUGGGUGGGUGGGAAGAUUACAAGUAUCCAAUAGCCAUGGUGGUAUUACAAUCAGGUUAUGCAGGCGUUGCACUCGUCACCAGAGCAGCCAUGUUGCAAGGCAUGAGUCCUCCAGUUCUUGUCGUUUACAGGCAAGCCGUCGCAACUUUAGCUGUGGCACCAGUUGCUUAUCUCUCCAGGAGAAAAUCAGGUGGACCUUCAUUGGGACUAAGGAGCUUUUCUUUGAUAUUUUUAGCCACGCUUAUUGGGAUUACAAUCAAUCAGAAUAUCUACUAUGAGGGUCUAUAUUUGGCCACUUCAUCAACAGCAACUGCAGUGGCAAAUCUAGUCCCCGCCAUCACUUUUGUUAUGGCAUCCGUUGUCGGAUUAGAAAAGGUAGAUAUUAGAAGCUUGAGAAGUAUUGCUAAAAUAGCCGGGACGGUGAUCUGUGUCGCCGGAGCCAUUUUCAUGGCAUUGCUGAGGGGCCCAAAGCUAUUGAAUGCACAAGCUUUACCAGUAACAGAAUCAACAAUUGGACCGGAAGGUGAGCACUGGUUGCAGGGUUGUCUGUUUCUAUUUGGAAGCGCUAGUUUGUGGUCCAUUUGGCUGAUUUUUCAGGUUCCAGCUUCAGCCAGCUACCCUGACCACGUUUCCUUAUCGGCCUGGAUGUGUUUCUUUGGAACAUUGCAGUCAGCAGUAGUUGCACUGUUUUUUGAACCAAACCUGGCAGCAUGGACCAUUCAUUCCAGUUUUGAGAUCAUUUCUUGUCUCUUUAUAGGAAUAUUCGGAUCCGGGGUGUCGUUCUUCGUUCAAGCCUGGUGUAUAGCGCAAAAGGGACCCCUCUUCUCCGCCAUGUUUAAUCCUUUGUGUACAGUCAUUGCGACCAUAUUGGCUGCUUUGCUCUUGCAUGAGGAAAUUUAUGUGGGCAGCCUAAUAGGUGCAGUUGGUGUAAUUGGUGGGUUAUACGCUGUUCUAUGGGGAAAAGCCAAAGACUGCCAAGUGAUGAAUAAAGAAACAGAUACAGAGUCAUUGCAGACCAAUUAUAAGCUUGACUUGGAAGAACCCCUUUUAUCUGAUAAAUCUACUCGUACCAAUGAAAAUAAUGCAUAAAUAUUAUAAACAUAGCUCAGCUACGAUCUUGUUUUUCUCCCAUAGAUUUGGGUCCACAAUGUUCAAUGCAAACUGGGAUAUAUAUACGCAAACAGACAGAUAUUGGAUCAAUAAGCUUUACCAACUAAUUUGGAGUAUCAACUAAAUACAAAGUACUUGAACCAUCUUAGAUUUGAUUUUAUUCAUGAAUCUGUUAUUGUAAUGUUUCGUCUGUAAUCAAAUUAUUUUUGUGUGGUCAAUGAGUUUCCACAUGUAGCUGGUCAAUAUUGUUUAUUUUAAUAUUUAAUGCAGAGUAUGAUUAUACUUA